AUGCCGUUUGGAUUAUGUAAUGCCCCAGCAACGUUUCAAAGAGCCAUGCUUUCAAUCUUUUCGGAUCUAAUAGAGGAAAUGGUUGAGGGUGCUGGAAAAGGUGUGAAGAAACAGGCUUGGUCUGAAUUGGGAGAAGUGCAUUUUAUGGUGAAAGAGGGGAUAGUCCUUGGCCACAAGAUCUCAGAGAAAGGCAUUGAAGUGGACAAGGCAAAGAUAGAAGUAAUGGUGCAACUUGGGGAGCCAAAAUCAGUUAAGGAUGUGAGAAGCUUCUUGGGACAUGCGGGUUUCUACAGGCGCUUUAUCAAAGAUUUUUCUAAGAUAGCAGGCCACUCACAAGACUCUUAUGCAAAGAAACAGAGUUCAUCUUUGAUGAAGAGUGUAGCCAAGCUUUCUUGA